GCCGGGUGUGUUUUCGGUCCGUCGGCGGGUGGCGCCCUCGUUGGGGCCGAUUCCGGCCGAAAGGCCGCCGGCCCACGAAACAGAAGAGCGCGCAGACGCGGGCCCGGCUACACGGCUCGCAGUCUUAAAGCUGAGGGCCUCCCGAUGUGUUGUGGCGAUUAGGAGGGGCGCCGACGAAGAUCAGCCUGACAGGGAGCACGCUUCCCGUUGGCGUUUCUCCGCACGUCACCAGGCGGGGGCCGGGCCGCGCACGGGCGGAAAAACCGAGGCAGCCGCGCGGCCUCUUCGCUUGAUGCCAACACCAAUAGCCUGGCACGCCUGGGCGGGUA